GGACAUAUACUCUUUCUCUCCAAUGAGCAAGCAUCGCCCGGACGUGCCUUGCUUGCUGGGCGCUUGGCGGCGGCCACCCAACGAUCUGCAGGAGCAAGUGGUCGGUGGAGGGCAUAAGGCCAUUCAUGACGAUGCGACGGCCGCCCAGGUGGGCUUAAAGCUGGCGCCCAUCCAUGGCACGGUGCAUUGGUCACAGCUUACGCCUCUACUCUUGGAGGCCUUUGGCCCAGCUUGGUUCGAGACGGGCUCCAUCUCGGUGCACUUUGUGAACAUGGUGGGCCAUUUGCAGCCGGUGCGCUGCUUUCUGGAACGCUCAGAUGCUUCGCAGCGGAAGGUUUGGAUGGAACAUCUCGAUGGUCGCUUGGUCUUUGAUGGCACUGCCAGCGUCGGCACGAGGAACGCAUCAUCUCCGAAGACCAUGGCCCAGACCAAGAUCGCCAACGUGAAGCCGGUGAAGGGCAGGUUGCUCUUCACGCGCCACGAGAUGGGCACCGAGUCCUUGGAAUUGGAACCCGCGCGCAUUGACUUCGAUCAGGUGGUGGGGCCACUCUUUCCUUUUACACACCGCAGGAAGCUGGAGUUGAUCACAGAGUUCCACCCUUGGUUCAGUGAGGAGGCUGGUUCAUCUUCACCUUGGGGCCGUCCAAUCUUGCCGCCCGAGAGCUUCAACCAGAUCAUGCUGGGCAUGGUGGGUGGAGCCCUAGGGCCCAGGUUUCCGUCGCUCCCGGGCGAUGCGUGGCUCGAGGAGGCCUUGAAGGGCCGGACACCUGUGGGCCUCUUUGGCGGAUGUGAGGUGAUUCUCCAUGCUGGUCCCGUCUUUGUGGGUGAAGACUACCAAUGCCGCCGCCAGCUGGUGGCAUGCGGCGAGACGCCCAAGGCGGAGUUCAGGUGGACACGGACCUUCCUGUACGAGAAGAAGUCAGGGAAGUUGGUUGCCGAGAUGACGCUUCAGGACAUGCAGCUCAAGAACUCCUUAGAAGGAUACGCGGAACUUCGUGCACGCAGCGAUGCGACCCAGGCGAAGCUGUAACGCAUUUGAAGCCUUCGGAAAAGAGGGCCCCAUUCUGGUCAGGCGUACGCUUUGCCUGGUGCUGGUGGGUGAUAAGACACCAACUUUCACUAGCUUUAGCUUUUUGUGUUGUGUUUUAGGAUGUUUGGGGUUUCGGCACUGUUUUUGUGUGUGUCAUGGUCAUAGACUCGCUUUGUCCUUGCAAUGUGUUUUGAAGUUGAUCACAAUACCUGCGGUUUGUGCUUUGAAUCCGCUGCUGCAACGGAUUGAUUGUGUCGGCUCAAGCUGUUCCAGACACGCC